AGAUGUGAACGUAAGAGCCAACCAAUCAGAGUGCUGUUUUUCACGUGACACGUCUAGAGAUCCUAUAGUGUAACAGAGAUUCGCCAAUGAUCACGUGAUCGUGAGAUGACGCUGAUUGGUCAGGGUGAAUUGUGCUUAUGUAGCUGCUGCUAUAUUGAAUUAUACAUAGCGACAACGCGUGUGACACAUGCAACGACACAUGUGUUUCACUGUCAUCUUAUAGAGACUCUGCCAACCUUUUGUGCGGCAAAUCGCUGUACCAAUAACAGUAAUAAAGGUUCUGUCUUUAAUUUUCCAUCAAACGAAGAGUUACGACAGAAAUGGAUAGCAGCGCUUGGGAAGGGCUCGGAUUGGCGACCCACAUUUCAAAGAAUUUGUGAGGUCCAUUUCAAUUCAGUGGAUAUACAGCUCGUUGCUGGACGGAAGCAAUUAUGUGAAAAUGCCAUACUAUGCCAUUUCUGUGUAUGCCCGUAUGAUAAGGAGACUAAUAAAAAAAAUAAAUUAAGGAAGAAGUCCACCAAGCCAUUCGAAACUGCAGAUCAUGCGUAUUGUUCAGAAAAGAAGUCUUUACCUCUUCAACUCCGCUCCUCUAAUAAUACUUUGCCACACACUUAUAUAUCCGAACACAAUUAUUUUGCUCACACUGGGAAGGAGAAUAAGGAGUAUUUUAUAAAAGAAGUGUCUAAUGAUGCAAAGAAAAAAUUGGGCUUAGUAAAUAGUGAAAGAAAUAGACAUGUUGAUCACUGCCCAUUAUUGAGGAGUCCGAUUUCUAUAGACCAAUUAUGGACAGAAUCAAAUAUGGAUAUAAAUCAGAAUGAAUCAAAUUUGGAUAUGAAUCACAAUGAAUUAGAUAUAAAUUCAAGACAAGCUUUAAUUUCUAAGAUAGAUACUUUGUCAAAAGACAAUGAAAAUCUGAAGUUGAAGUUAAAUGAAAUACGGAUGACUCAAACUAGGAAGAUAAAUGACCAAGAUGCAAAACUAAAAGAAGUUACCGCUGAUAACAAAGCUUUAAAGAAACAACUAGAGAAACUCAAUCAACAGAUCAUAAGAAUCAAUUCAUCAGUUGAUAAAUUAACAUCAAGACCAAGUCAAUAUUCUGACAGAUCAAUUAUAAAAGGGCUCAGCCUUUGGACUGCAUGUGGUACAAGCGGAUACAAUCGAGUUAGGAAAGCAUUUGAUGUUGAGCUCCCUGCACCAAGAACACUUCAGAGAAAAAUUCAAAAUAUUUCAUUCAACCCAGGAAUCCUGGAGGAUAUUUUCUUGUGUCUAAAAAGUAGAAUCAACAAUAUGGAGGAGAGAAGUAAACUUUGUUGCCUUGUCUUCGAUGAAAUGAGUAUAGAGCCUAAAAUUGAGUACGAUCGAGGUAGUGAUUCAAACAUGGGAUACUGUACUCUUCCAGCCCUUCCAAUUGCAGCAUCCAAGGCUUUGCUAUUUCUUAUUGCUGGAGUCUAUAAACGAUAUAAACAAGUUUUAACGUACCAUUUCACAUCAACUUCUACAGACAGUGCAACUGUAAAAGACUUUAUUUUAUCCCUGUUAGAAAAAUGUAAAACUUCUGGGCUUCACGUGCUUGUAUUAGUUUGUGACAUGGGAAACAGAGGUAUUUUAAACCAGCUGGGCUUCAGUUGCCGUAAAAAUGAUAUUCAAUACAGUAUACAGCAUCCUUUUAAUAAGAAGGAGAAGUUAUUUGCUUUGCCUGAUGUAGUUCAUGUGUUUAAAAAUCUAAAAGAAAUGCUCAUGAAAAUUGGAAUUAUUACUCUUCCGGAUGAAUUGGUUCGUGAAUAUGGUUUACCAACGGAAACUAUAGAUAUGAAUUUGAUCGAAUGGCUUGAUGAACAGCAGUCUGACAUGGGCUUGAAAUUUGCACCAAAAUUGAAGAAGAAAAAUAUUAAAGCAAAUCAUUUAAAAAAAAUGAAAGUUUAUACUACAACCUCAGUAUUAAAUGAACAGACAGCAAGUGGUCUUUUCCGAUAUGGUGAAUUAUUUCAGGAUCCUGUCAUGAUAACGACAGGUUGGUUUAUAUUGAUUUUGCGACACUGGUUUAAAAUUGUGACUUCCAGAAACAGACGUUUUGCUCUCAGUUUCCACAACAUGGAUGCUUAUACAACUUCCAUUAAAAUCAUCCAACUAGUGAACAAUAUAUUUAAAAAUGCUGACUUGGGAGAGAAUUGGAAAGUAACUCGGUCUCACGUAAUAAUGUACUGUGAUUGUAUAUUGGAAAUUCAAAACUACCUUUUGCAAGAGAAAUCUUUCGAAUUUGUAUAUCUUGGUAAUUUGACUCAAGAUUCAGUUGAAAAUAAAUUCUCUCAAGUUCGAUCAAGUUGUCCUAAGCCUACAGCAAGAGACUUCAAGUACCGCCUAAAAAAUUUGAGCAUAUCUGGGGAAGCCACUCGCAUUUCAAAUUCUAGUUACGACCAUGAUGACAGCCCCACAUUGAUCAGUCUCAUGCAGAAAAUUGAAAGGCCAAACACAAAACAAACUUCCGAACUUUCUAUUAAACUGCCAAAACUGCAAGACUGUCCAUCCUUGUCCUUGGAAGAAGAAGAAACCUUAUACAAGAUGUGUGGAUAUGUUCUCCGUAAGCUGCAGUCAAGUAUAAAAUGUAAAGUAUGUUACAAUAGUUUACUACACCAGGGACCUGUAGAUCAUCCCAAAGCUGGACUUUUGCUUGUAUGUGAAUUUGUAGAAGCUGCAUUAGUACGAGUGUCUGAUGAAGUGUAUCAGAUUCUUCAUGGUGCAGAAUCAAUUAUAAUGGCUUCUGAGAACAUAAUGAAAGAUUUAGGAGGAUCACUCAAAUGUACUUUGGAAAGUCAUAUAAUGAAGGAAUUAUCUUCAUUUCCAUUGUCUACAUGUCAUGACCAAAGACAAACAUUAAUUUCAAGAUUUCUUAGCAUGCGACUCCAUCAAUUACUACCUUGCCCAAAAAGUAACCAGAAUACUGUUUUUGCUAGUAAAAGUAUGGGUUCAAGAUUACUUGCUGACGCUUUUAAUCCACGUCCCAGAUAAAAACUUAAGAUU